UUUUAAAUGUAAACCUAACCUAACAUUUUUUGUGGGUUUUUCGGAUUAAAGUUAAUUAUUUGCUCACAAUGUUAAAAGUUCUACCCAUACUCCCUCAUAUAUCAAGAAGACUAAUUACCACAGGAUCACAACUACUUUGGCACGUACCGGAGUGCCCAGAACUAGAUUUGAAGUACCUGUGCAAUUUAGAACAUUUAGAUGAAAUUAAUAGCAACAUAAAAGCCCGAAAAGGCGUUGGCGAUAUAAGUCUCGUUUUAAAACUUAAAGAAAACCUAAGCAAUCUCACAUCCGUUGACCACAAUUACGAAAAAGUUCGCAGACAAUUUUAUGACGAAUUACUGAAAAUUCCAAACCGUACUCACCCAUCGGUCGCGCAUCUCAACGAACCAAUAACAGUCAGCACCACUGGGGAAAAGAAAACCUUCGAUUUUAAGCCGAGAGAGUUUUACGAAAUAUGUAAACGUCUAAACUUCGUUCGAACAGAUCAGCUGGGCAAUGUGGCGGGUAGUCGAAGUUAUUAUUUACUCGGCGACAUGGCGGAACUGGAGAAGGCGCUUAUCAGUUAUACUGUGUCGCAUUUAUUGGAUGAGAACUUUGAGCUGGUGUCGGUUCCGGAUAUUUUGCAUCGCGAUAUUAUCGAAGCGUGUGGGUUGAAUACGCACGGAGAUCGAACGCAGGUUUACAGUUUGGACUCGGAAAUGUUCGGGCCUGAUUUGUGUUUGUCCGGUACGUCGGAGAUGGCUUUGGCGGCAAUGUACGCCAACGAGGUGAUACCUGCCGGUCGUUUACCCGUGAAGCUGGCGGCCGUUAGCCGAUGUUAUCGAGCCGAAGCAUCCAGCGUGGCGGAGGAACGAGGAAUCUAUAGGGUUCAUCAAUUCACCAAGGUGGAAAUGUUUGCGAUCUCGAAGCCCGAGGACUCCAACGGCAUUUUGGAGGAGUUUCGAUUAAUAGAGGAAGGGAAUUUCGCCUCGUUGGGCCUUCAUUUGCGCACCUUAGACAUGCCGCCGAAUGAGUUGGGGGCACCCGCUUAUCGAAAGUACGACGUUGAAGCGUGGUUACCUGGCCGAAAUAUGUAUGGUGAAGUAUCUAGUUGUAGUAACUGCACCGAUUAUCAAUCGAGACGUUUAAACAUCAAGUAUAGUGAUGGAGAUUGUGUCGGUUACGUGCAUACUUUAAACGGUACUGCUUGUGCCAUACCGAGGAUGCUAAUCGCAAUUAUAGAGACUUUUCAGACUGAUAAGGGUGUUAUUAGUAUACCGGAAGUGUUACGAAAAUAUAUGAAUAAUAGGACUGUUAUAGGUAAACAAACGGCGAUUCCAGAUUUAAAAUUAAUAAAGUAUAAGAAAUAAAUAAUUUAUUUUCUUAUUUAUAAUUACGAGAGGUGAAUGAGAAACUUAAUUUUAUAUGAUGCUAAUUAACAUAUAAGUAUUAGUAAGCAACCAAAGAGUCCUUGGUGGGACUACAACUGAGUUUAACAAAA